GGGAGUCUCGCUCUCGGACCCUCAACCUUCUUGUUGUUGUUGUUCUUCUUCUCCUUCUCCUCCUUCUUCUUCUUUUGCUUUUGCCCCAUUCUCUUCUUAGAAAUCCUACCCCGACUCCAACUCUGACUCCGACCCCAACUCUAAUUCUGAUUCCGACUUCAAUUUCAUUUCUAACUUCGAUGAUAUCUCCUCCAUCAUUGGCCCUUUAUCUGACCCUUGAUAUCUAGGGUUUUUUCAAGCAAUUCCCUUUGAUGUUGUCGAUGGCGGACCCUAACGAGGAUUCCAACGCCUUCCCCGACAUGGAUUUCGCCGAUUAUUCUGAUUGCCCCGACAAUCUCAAGAUCAGUCUCGACGCGUUCUUCGCCAUCCUCAAUGAGAAGCCCGAUUCAUCUCACACUCAAUCUCCUGGCACAGAAAGUGGUUUCCACCAAGGCAUGCUGACUCCUGGUCAGUUUGAGCCCAAAAAUGGCUUCCAAGUUCAAGAUGGUAUGCCAAAACCUACAGCUGUUACUGAGGGCUUUCGGGAGUUGGAAUCUUCUCAUUGGGGAGCAUUAGAUUGUAAGAAUGAAGUGGGAAUGGGGUGUUUUCCUGUGCCUCAAGGAAGUUGUGAUGACUCGGAUUUGUUUUUCUCCUUGUCAAGUGGCGGCAAGAUUCAAUUUUCCUUGCAACAUGAUGACUCUAAAAAUACUCAUUCUUUCCCCUCAAUCAAUUCAUCCCAAUGGUUUAGGUCCUCGUUAUCAGACGAUGCUUUGAUGGAUUCAGAUGGAGGACCUUCUGUCAACUUACCUUUUGACGACCAAAAGUUGCAGAACAGCAGAAUAAUAUGUAGUGCACUUUCUGAAAGUACAGGAACAGGUACUGUACAUUCACAAAAUGCAGUCAAUGGCUAUAAUUUUCAGUUAAGUUACCAACAAGGUAAAGAGGCUAAGAAGGUUGGUUUUGAUGCUUUGUCCCACAUAGAUGCCAAACACACAGAAUCUAAUGGGGAUGCAGUAUCAUCUCUUUCCCUGUUGGUGGAUGGUGAAACAGGUCAAGUGCUUGGUGUUGAAAACCAAGGUGGAAAUAUUAGUGCAUCGAGCUUGAUCUAUUCACCUAUGAACACUAGUGAGGCUGCAUAUGGCUUGUACGAUGAUAGAGAGAAUUGUCAGACAUUUCCUGAAGAUACUGUUACCUAUGCUGACAAUGGACAAAGAAGAACUUUAGCUGUUCAACAUCCGCAACAUUAUUUAUGGAGGAAGGAAACAAGGAUUUGCGCACAAGCUGAAACUGGGCAUCAACUGGUUUCAUCUCGAAAUCUAUGCCACAGCAGACAGACACACCAAGAUACACGACAGAACUCUCUAUCUGCUGAGCAUAAUAUUUGUCUGGAUGCAACAAUGAAGAGUGAAUCGAGUACAGAUUCUUCCCCAAUAGCCUCUUUUAGAAAGCUUACCUCCAAAAGCAUUAACAAGCCUGACGCAUUUACAUCAAAACAAUUGGUGCCCAGCAGUAAGCAGAGAUCUUUUGUGAAGGAAGAUAUAGAAAAGCUUUUGUUGGCUUCUUACAGAAAGCAGGAUGAUGUUUUUAAAGGUGGUAACUGUUCUGCACAGAAUCACUGCUUAAGAAGCAGUCUUGUUGUAGAUGAUGAAGAUGAUGCUGAUGCUGAUGAUGAUGACGUAUGCAUUCUUGAUGAUCUCAGAGGCCCUCCCCAUCAAUUUCCUCCUGUCCCAAUUACACCGCAUCCAAUAAUACAACGAUCUGGAUUUGGUGGCCCCUUUUAUACUGCAUCAGGACCAAGGCGGCUUAGAGCUGAUGAUGAGAGACUAACUUAUCAUAUUGCAUUACAGGAUUUAUCCCAGCCCAAGUCUGAAGCUAGUCCACCUGAUGGUGUUUUAGCUGUUCCCCUGUUGAGACACCAGCGCAUAGCUUUGUCAUGGAUGGUGCAAAAAGAAACCACCAGCCUACACUGCUCUGGAGGAAUUCUUGCAGAUGAUCAGGGUUUAGGAAAAACUGUGUCUACAAUAGCACUUAUCCUUACUCAAAGACCUUUCUUAACUAGAUCAUGUUCAGUAACAGAGAAAGAAGAUAGUUAUGAACCUCUAGACCUGGAUGUAGAUGAAAAGGAUGAUAUUUCUCAGCUUAGUGUAAUGAAGCAACCUCGAAAAUAUAAUUUCGAGAUACCAAAUGGGACAGUGAAGAAGGAUAAUCCUGUUACGGUGAUGGGUAGGCCUGCAGCUGGCACUUUGGUAGUUUGCCCUACCAGUGUUCUUCGGCAGUGGGCUGAGGAACUGCAAAACAAAGUUACGAGCAAAGCUAACCUAACUUUCCUGGUUUAUCAUGGAAGUAAUCGAACAAAGGAUCCAAACGAACUUGCAAAGUUUGAUGUUGUGCUAACAACAUAUGCUAUUGUAAGCAUGGAGGUACCCAAACAGCCGCAUGUUGAUAAAGAUGAUGAUGAGAAAGGGAAGACUGCCAAUGUCAUGGCCAGUGAAUCUCUUAACAACAAAAAAAGGAAGAAAAAUUCAAGGGACGGGAACACAAUGGAUAGUGCUUUGCUUGAUUCUGCUUCUCGUCCUCUUGCAAGGGUUCGAUGGUUUAGGGUUAUACUUGAUGAAGCUCAGAGCAUUAAAAAUCACAGGACUCAGGUUGCUAGGGCAUGUUGGGGUCUGCGUGCUAAAAGGAGGUGGUGCUUGUCUGGAACUCCUAUUCAGAAUGCAGUGGACGAUCUUUAUAGCUACUUCAGAUUUCUCAGAUAUGACCCAUACGCUGUUUACAAGUCAUUCUGUUCCAUGAUAAAGAUGCCAAUCACCAGAAAUCCAGCCAAUGGUUACAAAAAACUUCAAGCUGUUCUGAAGACAAUUAUGUUACGUCGCACAAAAGGUACACUUCUUGAUGGAAAGCCAAUAAUUUCUUUACCACCAAAAACAGUAACCCUUAAAAAGGUGGAUUUCUCAGAGGAGGAGCGUGCUUUUUAUUCUGCACUAGAAGCUGAGUCACAAGAACAAUUUAAGGAAUAUGCAGCUGCUGGGACUGUCAAGCAAAAUUAUGUCAACAUUCUGUUGAUGCUUCUGCGGCUUCGUCAGGCUUGUGAUCACCCUGUGCUGGUAAAAGGCCAUGAUUUUAGCUCUAGUGGAAAGACCUCUAUGGAGAUAGCAAAGGAGCUUCAUAGGGAUAAACAAGCAGAACUUCUUUGUUGCUUGGAAGCUUGUUUGGCGAUUUGUUCUAUCUGCAAUGACCCACCUGAGGAUGCUGUUGUUACCGUCUGUGGACAUGUUUUUUGCAAUCAAUGCAUUUCUGAGCAUCUCAAUGGCGAUGACAAUGUCUGUCCUUCAGCCAACUGCAAAGUUCAUCUCAGUCGUACAAAAGUAUUUUCUAGUGCGGCUUUAAAAAGUGCUCUGUCUGGGUUACCUGUCAGUAAUAUCUGUUCUAAUGAUUCUCAUCAUGAAGUUGUAAAUGCUCCUAAGCAAGUCGAGGAGUGUCUGUCUUCAGAUUCUUCAAAGAUUAAAGCAGCUCUUCAGAUUCUGCAGUCACUACCUAAAUGCCAAUCCUCCUCUUCAAAUAGUCCAGUGAUAUCUACAGGUGAACCUACUGGAUGCUUGAGAAAUGCAUAUACGGCAAUUCCAGAUGGAGGUUCUAUGGGCAUUGUUGAGAAGUACAUGGAAUCAGAUAACAACUUGACCUCUCAAGUGACAGAAAAAGCAAUUGUUUUCUCCCAGUGGACUAGAAUGUUGGAUUUGCUUGAAGUUCCAUUAAAAGAUUCCUGUAUACAAUACAGACGACUUGAUGGGACAAUGUCUGUUGCCGCUCGCGAGAAAGCUGUGAAAGAUUUUAACACUCGCCCAGAGGUGACUGUCAUGAUCAUGUCUUUGAAAGCUGCUAGUCUUGGGCUGAAUAUGGUAGCAGCCUGUCAUGUACUUAUUUUGGAUUUGUGGUGGAAUCCGACAACAGAAGACCAGGCAAUUGAUCGAGCACACCGGAUUGGCCAGACUCGCCCUGUUACAGUUUCUAGGUUGACUGUGAAAAACACAGUUGAGGAUCGUAUUUUGGAUCUGCAGGAAAAGAAGAGAGAAAUGGUUGCUUCCGCAUUUGGGGAAGAUGAAUCAGGAAGUCGGCAGACGCGCCUUACAGUGGAAGACUUGGAGUAUCUAUUUGCAGUUUAACCCACAUUUGCUCCUCUCUGAUAGAAUUUCGCUUAGUGACUGACAUAGUGGGCUACAGAGGUCCGGUACUUUCUCCUUGCUCCUGGAAAGCUUUUCCUCAGCAACGUCUCUGAAGCUUCUUGGGGUUUUCAAAAGCUGAUGUAGGUGUUUAGAUCAUACUUGAACAUUACGUUCAAAAGUUUUUUUUGAAGAAACUAGUCGUGCAUUAAAGAUGAAGCUGAUGGAGUUGAAAUGCAGAGUCGCUUAUAGUUGAAUUGAAUUCUAUAGGAAGGGUAACUGAUCUGAUGCACUUUGUGUGAAUAAUAGCUUUAGCAAUGAUGUGAGUUAUUUGUUUUUUUUUUUUCUUCUUUUUUUGGUUGAUAUUCAGGCCAAUAUAUCAUUAGCUUUUGCCCUCAUUUUCUACAUUUUACCGGGGUUGGAUAGAAAAAGUAGUGGUUACUUAUUUGUAUAUCCAGGCCUUAUAAAUGAAGUCAGGCGAUAAUUUAUAUAAAUGAUUUCGUGUCACA